AUGCGGUCCGCCGUACGAGCUGUCGCUGCUCUUGCUUCAGCGGCACUACUUGCUGCACCCUCUCUCGCCCAAACAUACACCAACUGCAACCCCACAGAACGUUCCGACUGCCCACCGGAUUCCGCCCUUGGCCGUACCGUGAACAUUGACUUCAGCGCCGCAUCCGACAGCUUUACCCCCCAGGGAAACAUCGCCUACAGCUCCGAUGGUGCAUCUUUCACAGUUGCCAAAUCAGGUGACGCUCCCCAGGUCACCUCCAAAUGGUACAUCAUGUUCGGUAAGGUCGAGGUCGUACUCAAGUCCGCACCAGGAGCCGGUAUUGUCAGCAGCUUCGUCAUGCAGUCUGACACCUUGGACGAGAUCGAUUGGGAGUGGCUCGGUGCCGACAAUGCUCAAGUCCAAACCAACUACUUUGGCAAGGGCCAAACCACUACCUACAACCGUGGUGCCUUCCACGCAGACCCCAACAACCAGAACGACUGGAAGACGUACACCGUCGAAUGGACCGCAAACCAAAUCGUCUGGUCGAUCAAUGGAAACGUCGUUCGAACUCUAGAGCCCGCCAAUGCCGACAACCAGUACCCCCAGACUCCCAUGCAGAUCAAGAUUGGCGCCUGGAGUGGAGGAGACUCCGCCAAUGCUCCCGGAACCAUCGAAUGGGCUCGAGGUCCCACCGACUACUCCCAGGGUCCUUUCUCCAUGCACGUCAAGUCCUUGAUGGUGGCAGACUACUCUACCGGAACCCAAUACGUCUAUGGCGACCAGAGCGGCACCUGGCAAUCCAUCAAAUCCGUCGGCGGAAAGAUCAACUCUGGAGGCGGCUCUCCGGUUGAGAACCCUCCCGCCAUCACCUCUUCCGCCAGCGGACAGCCCAUGCCCUUCAACCCCAGCGAGACCGUUGUCCGCCCCAGCGUCUACCCCUGGAUCCCCGAUGGUUCCAAAACUCUGUCGACGGCAGCGGCCCCUACCUAUGCCAACUACCCCGGCCUUCCCAGCGGAUGGACCGUGUCGGAUACAGGAAAGGUCGUUCCGCCUAGCUCGGCACCUUCGACAUCCCCUCCCGCUUCAUCUACGCCAUCGCCUGCAGCUUCGCCUUCGGCUUCGUCUGGCGAUUCUGAGUCUCAUGUCUCUUCUGGCUUCCAGACCAGCUACACAGCAGCCUCAGAGUCCGGCAACUCUUUGAUCACACAGGCUCCUACACAAGCUCUUCCCACUCCUAGCGCAAAUGCUAACGUGGAGAACGCCGCUGUGUCCUCCUCCGUUCCACCUGCUCCCGAACGUCCAAACAGCGCACAUAGCUCGCUUGCAGACAAGGGAUUUGUCUUAUUAGCUGCAUUCAUCGGCGCCCUCCCCGUCAUCUUGUAAAACAAAAGGUUUCGAUGACACCAUUUCCAGUUUUUGUAUAUACUGCUUUCUUGUUUUUGGGUUGGUUUACAACUCGGCAUCAGCGCGGCGCUUGGCAUUUGGGUAUUAUCUGUUUCGGUUCAGACGAGAUGCUCACUAGAGAAAAUCCACGAGGACACAUGCAUUGACGAAGUAAUUAUGAGAUGAGUCGUAAUGGUAGAUAUGGCGAGACUCACCUCUUGUGCAUAAUGGUAUCGAAGGAAUGAGUAAAAUACGAAAUCUAUAGAAUCAAUCACAAUAAUGAACCACAUCACAC